AUGGCCGGAACGAAGAUGCGCAAGGUCCCCAAGAACGAGGAGGAGCUCAAGAAGGCCUUUGACCUUUCCCAUUUCGACCUAAAUGCCAUCAUACGAGGCACUCAGCUCACCCUGGUCGGGGCCAACAGAGCUUUUCAAAAUCCGAAUAUAUUCACUAAUUCCCAUUAUAAGCAAGCCGCCUAUGCUGUUGGCGCAGGAAUCGCCAUCCGCCUCGCUAUUGCCGUACCGAUAUUUGCCAUCAAGAUAUUGGUCCGCCUCCUGGGUCUCUUUAUGAACCUCGAUCAGACAUCGUGGGACGAGAAUCUGGUCAACGGGCUCGAGUUAAUCGCCAAUCAUGUCCUCCAGGUCCCUCUGUUCCUUAUGACGCUCAUGCGUUACAUUACCCCGACCCUGGACAACAUGUUCAUGGACUCGCUUCAAUGGGUGGACUUGACAUAUGUCCAGAAACACAAGGAAGAAGAUCCCAGCAAGCUUCGAGACAUGUACUACCAGAAUCUUCGACAGUACAAACUCAAAGAUGGCAGUACACACACAACGAGCACCGCCGAGGCCAUCAGCCUAUUCUUAUACCGCUUCGGCCGCAAAGCAGCCAUUUCCUUGGCCAUUUUUGGCCUGUCAUACGUGCCAUACGUCGGACGAUUUGUGCUGCCCGCUGCCAGUUUCUACACGUUCAACAAAGCCGUGGGCCUCGGACCAGCAGCUGCCACCUUCGGCGUUGGUGUCUUUCUCCCGAAACGAUACCUGGUUAUCUUCUUGCAGACAUAUUUCUCGUCGCGCAGCCUGAUGCGAGAGCUGCUCGAGCCAUACUUUGCACGAGUCCACAUGACGAAACAGCAGAAGAAAAACUGGUUUCACAGUCGAGAAGGGCUUCUUUUCGGGUUCGGAAUUGGGUUCUACACUCUGCUCCGCGUCCCAUUGCUUGGAGUCUUGAUAUACGGCAUUGCGGAGGCUUCAACGGCGUACCUCAUCACUAAGAUCACGGAUCCUCCGCCGCCUCCGUCGCAAAGCAAAGAGUUCGCCGAAAGCCAGCAGAUCUGGAGGAAUAAGCACGAGUUCUUGAGCCUAUCACUUGCUAAUCUGGACGCACUACACGUGGGCCAUGAUGCUCCCGCCGCCUCUUCGACAUCGUCGUCAAGUCGACCUUCAGAGCCACCUUCGUAUGAGAAAGCUACAGAGGAUAAAAAGGAAUUGUAG